GAAAUGAAGAAUGAGAAAGAAUGAAUUGCCAUGUGGCAGAUCUUUUUCUGCGUCCUAGGGCAGAGAAUCAAUCAAAGAGCUCUUGAGCUGGCCAAAAUGAUGUUUUUCUGUUUUUUGGUAGUUUUUUUGAAAAUUGCAGUUUCACAUUUCCCUCCACACAUCCCUUAUCCUCUUGCGUAUCUCUCUUUGUUUCCAUUCUACCUCACCUUUCUUUUCUUUCCGAGAAGAAUGAGACGCAAGAUCAAAAUGAACCCCAUUAACACAAUCCUUAAACCAGCCCCCAGCUUCAUUAAAGCAGAGUAAUUUUAUUUUUGUUUUUACUAUGGCUACCAAAUUGGCCUUCAGUUUGUCAUCUCCUCGAUUCUCCACUGCUCCCAUAAGCAGGCCUUUCAUUUCUCCAUGUUCUUCCAAGGUUCAGCCGAUCAGUGGAAGAAGACAUGCUUGCCUCCGGAGAAGGAUUUUCUUGGUUCCCGUCAAGGCUACUGCCGAUCAGCAAGGUCAGGUGCAAGAAGAUGAUGUAGUGGACAGCAAGAUUCUGAACUACUGCAGCAUAGAAAAUAAGGACAAGAAGUCAUUGGGAGAAAUGGAGCAGGAUUUUCUUCAAGCACUACAGUCAUUUUACUACGAAGGAAAAGCGAUAAUGUCUAACGAGGAAUUCGACAAUCUCAAGGAAGAACUGAUGUGGGAAGGAAGCAGUGUUGUUAUGCUAUCUGCUGAUGAGCAGAGGUUCUUGGAAGCUUCGAUGGCAUAUGUAGCUGGGAACCCAAUUCUGAGCGACAAAGAAUUCGAUGACCUAAAACUGAAGUUGAAGACAGAAGGCAGUGACAUUGUAGUUGAAGGUCCAAGAUGCAGUCUUCGCAGCAGGAAGGUCUAUAGUGACCUCAAUGUGGACUACCUCAAGAUGUUACUUCUGAAUGUUCCGGCCACUGUUGUUGCACUUGGCUUGUAAGUCUGCUAAGCAACUCACUAAAAUUUGUAGCACGAAUCUACAUUGUACAUGCGACAGUCUUAUAGCUAGAAAUCUGGACCUGGAGAAAUUCACCCUGAAACAACCUGGUUUCAUCAGUGAUUCCGGUUUUUGUUACCUGCAGGUUUUUCUUCUUGGAUGAUGUGACUGGCUUUGAGAUCACAUACCUUCUGGAACUUCCGGAGCCAUUCAGUUUCAUCUUCACUUGGUUUGCUGCGGUCCCUCUCAUAGUCUGGGGAGCUCUAACGCUUACAAACGCAAUCCUCAAGGAUUUUAUCAUCCUCAAGGGCCCGUGCCCAAACUGUGGCACUGAGAAUGUCUCUUUCUUUGGAACCAUACUCUCCAUUUCCAAUGGCGGCACUACCAACAACCUCAAAUGCUCCAAUUGUGGGACUGAACUGAUCUACGAUGCCAAAUCGCGGCUGAUCACUCUGCCAGAUUGAAGCCUGGUUUUAGAUGGUUAAUGGUAAAUAAUAUGCACUCUUCUUCUAGGCCCUGUCUCUUCAUCCAUUCUACUGUACUGGCGAGACCGAUGUAUCGAUAUUGCUUGUAGGACAAUGGAUGGUGUGAAGUCUAGGGUGGAGAAUUUUGAAGCGACAGGAAGUGGAAAUGGAAACUGAAUUUAAGAAUGGGAAAAUAGGUUGUAUAGUGAGGCCUGAGGGGAUGUGUUAAGAGGUUUUUGUUGCCCAAAUGGAUUCGAUUAAUAAUGAAGAAGUCGACUUCACUGUCUAUAAUGGUACUUCAUAAAGGCUGUACCUUUGUAGAUUUUCCUAAAUACCCAUCUAUGAGCUAUAGGCCCUCAUACAUAUAUACGCUAGGUAAGGUCAGUUUUUGCUGGCCUCUCUGAUCAUUUGCCGGUGUUAAUCAUUUUGCCAAGGUUAGCAUGAAUGGUAACUUGAACAAAUGGAUAUAGUAACUUGAAACAGAGAAAUGGAGGUUAUCAGUUACACGUAGUAAGACGUAUAGACAACGACCAUAUAUUCCAGUAACAUUCAAGGUUCAGAAAUGACCUGCAAUCAUCAUCUAAAGUGCCUGGUGGAAGGGUGAAGGUCACUAAAUUA